AUGGAUAAGUUCCGAAUGAUCUUCCAGUUCCUCCAGUCCAAUCAGGAAUCUUUCAUGAAUGGCAUCUGUGGGAUCAUGGCCCUGGCCAGCGCCCAGAUGUACUCCGCCUUUGAUUUCAACUGCCCCUGCCUGCCGAGUUACAACCUGGCGUAUGGCAUGGGCAUCCUGUUUGUGCCCCCCUUGGUCUUGUUCCUCCUGGGCUUUGUGAUGAACAACAAUGUGUCCGUGCUGGCAGAGGAGUGGAAGAGGCCCACGGGCAUGAGGCAGAAGGACCCGGCUGUCCUGCGCUACAUGUUCUGCUCCAUGGCCCAGCGGGCUAUGAUCGCACCCGCUGUCUGGAUCUCCGUGACACUGCUGGACGGGAAAUGCUUCAUGUGUGCGUUCAGCACCUCAGUGCCAGUGGAGAAGCUGGGGAACGGAAGCUACACAGGCCUGUCAGAGAAGGAGAUGAGGAGGAUGCUGGCCCGCAUCCCCUGCAAAGAGAUCUACAGCGGGCAGGAGCUUGUGGCCAGGGAGGUGGCGGUGAGAUACCUGCGCUGCAUCUCACAGGCUCUGGGCUGGUCCUUCGUGCUGCUGAUGACCAUGCUGGCUUUCCUUGUCAGGGCCCUCCGGCCCUGCUUCACUCAAGCUGCCUUCCUGAAGAGCAAGUAUUGGUCCCACUACAUAGACAUUGAGCGCAAGCUGUUCGACGAGACCUGCACAGAGCACGCCAAGACCUUCGCCAAGGUCUGCAUCCAGCAGUUCUUUGAGGCCAUGAACCAGGACAUAGGCCUGGGGCACACCCACGCCCCUGAGGCGGCUCCCUCGGAAGUGGGGGAAGAGAAAGAGAAGCUACUGGGCAUCACAGACCAGGGGACUAUGAACAAGCUCCUGAAGAGCUGGCACAAAUGCAAGCCGCCUCUGUGCCUCCAUCAGGAGGUGUUACAGAACGGGAACAGCUGGGUGGAGGAAAAUCAGCAUCGCAAUCACAUCAGUCUGCCCAAGAGGGAGAUUAUCACCUACUAUAGUAAAGUGUGA